UGUUGUUGGAAAAAAAAAAAAUGUCAUGUGUCUCCUACGUCAUCACGUGACUGUGGGAGAAACCAAACUUGCUAGUGUUGCUUCUUGAUGCGGAGGUAGCAGUAGCUAGUGUUCCGACUCUGAUGUUUACACCACUAUUACCAUGACAGUCUUUAAUUCAACGGCGAACUAAGUUAGUACAUUCGUAAAGUACAUCUAUUAGGUGCUUGCAUGCAGUAGAAAUGCAAGAUUUCAACCUACAAAGAUGUGAUUGAUUACCUAGGAGGACAGUUACUUACAGACAGUCACAGAGCCCACCCGGAUAUACCUAGUCGUUAAAGAUGUCAGGUGGGAACCUGUUGAGCAAGGUGCGGUCAGCCUUUAGGAGAGAGCGGAGCGACUGGGACCUGAGCGACACGGCGCCCUUUGACUUCUCCGACGAGCUGGUGGACGAUGACACGCCCAAAUUCAACAAGCUGAAGGUUGUGGUCUCCGGAGAGAUGUCCGACUACUCUGCCGGAGCUCCGUCCAACGGCGUGGCGGUGAACACGCUGGUGAUGGCAGAUGAUGAUGACUCCCUGCUGGACUCUUCUUCCAGCCUGGGCAGCCCAGCUGGGUUAAACAUGGACCCCUGUGACAGCUGCACCAAGAAGAGGGAAAGGAUCAAACACAAGAGAGUGAUGAAAAGGCUCAUCAUUGCAGCUUUGCUCUAUUUCCUUUUCAUGACAGGUGAAAUCAUAGGUGGUUACUUGUCAAACAGCUUAGCCAUUAUGACUGACGCUGUGCACAUGCUAACCGAUGUGGUGGGCAUUUUGUUUUCUCUGCUGGCUCUCUGGCUCUCCACCAAACCUCCCACAAGAAGAUUCACAUUCGGACUGCACCGCCUUGAGGUGGUAUCGGCAGUCCUCAGUGUGGUGCUCAUCUACAUUCUGACGGCCAUACUGCUCUAUGAGGCGGUUCAGAGGACGGUACACCAAGAAUUCGACAUAGAUGGAGAUGUCAUGCUCAUCACUGCAGCUGUGGGUGUGGCUGUCAACCUCAUAAUGGGUUUCUUGUUAAACCAAGAUGGUCACCUCCACUCUCACGGCCAUGGUCACUCUCACGGCCAUGGUCACUCUCACGGCUCUGCAGCUGCCUCAAGUUUACAGUCAGCUGGGUCAGGUCAGCAGCAGAGGCAGCACGGCAGCCUGGCUGUAAGAGCUGCCUUCAUCCACGCUUUGGGAGACCUCGUCCAGAGUGUCGGGGUGCUCAUAGCCGCCUACAUUGUCCGCUUCAAGCCAGAGUUUAAGUUGGCAGACCCCAUCUGUACCUACAUCUUCUCUGUUCUGGUUCUCUUCACCACAUUCCGCAUCAUACGAGACACAAUAGUCAUCGUGCUGGAGGGUGUUCCCAGGCAUCUGGACACCCGGAGAAUCAAAGAGGACCUUCUGAAGCUGGAGGACGUCCAAUCAGUGGAUGAGCUGAAUGUCUGGGCGCUGACAGCUGACAAGACUGCAGCACUGGUGCACCUGCAGCUCACGCCCUCUAGCGCCAGCAACUGGGAGGACGUGCAGGCGAAGGCUCGCCACCUGCUGCUUCACACCUACGGUCUCACCAGGUGCACAGUGCAGGUCCAGACACACAGGCUGAGGCCGGUACGCAGUUGUACACACUGCCAGCAGCCCAGUGCCUAAAGAGAGAAACUCGUGUCUACAUUGACUUCCACAGUGCAUUUCGUGGAGCCAGACGGCAGAGAGUACAGUACACAGAGGGCCUGGAUGUCGCACCGCUGUCACAGCUCAGUGCCAUAGCAGGUGCCAAUAAACGGUAUGUAAAUGCAAAAAAACAAAAAGACUGGUGCCAAAGGACAGAAGAUGCACAUUUCCAAUUAAAAGGUCACUACAGCCUCCAGGGACCUUAGGCUCGCAAAGCUUAGAGUCUCAGCAGAAAAGAAUGAAUACGAAAAAAAAUAUGCUCUUAAUUCACCAUUAAAGCCUAUUUUAACAAGUAACUUUUUUGUAUUUGACUGUUUGAUUUAUCACAACUUAUGUUUUGUCAUCAAAUGUAAUUUUUUUUUUACUAGGUGUAAGGACGGUAUACUAGGAUUUGAUUAUUUUACUGAGGAAGGCAGCACAUUAAAAAACCUUGUUAUUUGAUAAAAACUGUUUUCACAGUGCAAAUACUGUAAGCUGUCCUCACCACAGGCAAACGUGAGGCACGUUAUCAUUGUGUCCUUUAGUAGACAUGAUAUCUCAUUAAACACACUUAAUCAUUAUUUUCUUCAGCCAAAGUCUGUUGUAAGGCAGAUUUUUAAAAAAAAGAUCUUAAAGCUGUCUGCACCGACCAACUCUUAAAAUGCCAACACUUUUAUCACUGACAUUUUAUUUCUAGCAUGUCUCUUAAUUAAUUGUGGGGAGCACGCAACUGACAA